UAAGAGAUCACCGAGUUACGGAGUCACACACCUGUUUCUCCAUAUCUCUCGCAUUUAUUUGUUUUCUGUUUUUCUCGUGUUUACUCGACAGAGAAAAAUAUACAAACUACUGCGUUUUAGAUAGAUUACAUUAGAGUAGAUGGAUCUCCAUCUCUCUACAAGUAACUCAAACCCACAGAUUAAUUUCUCUGAAAUUGUUAUUGAGUCAACUUCAUUAGAUGAUAAUCAUGGAUUCACUUCUUCUUCUUCGUUAACCGAACAAGUCAAUGAUAAACCCAGUUGGUGGAAGAAUUUAUUUCUUGCUUACAAUACAUUGGGUGUUGUUUUUGGAGGACUUGUUACUUCCCCUCUUUAUGUAUACCCAUCAAUGAACCUAAAGUCUCCCAGUGAAGAUGAUUAUUUGGGGAUUUACAGCAUCAUGUUUUGGACUCUCACCCUUAUUGGUUGUGUCAAGUAUGCUUGCAUUGCUCUUAAAGCUGAUGACCAGGGUGAAGGUGGGACUUUCGCAUUGUAUUCGUUACUCUGUAGGCAUGCAAACAUUAGUAUUCUUUCUUCCAAAAGAGAUUCAAUUUCAGACCACCAUUCUAGCCCAAGCCCUUACAGAGGUACCACAAAGAAAAGUCGUCUAGCUAUAUUUUUUGAAGGAAGUUUGGUUGCAAGAAGAUUACUACUUUUCAUAGCAAUGUUGGGAAUGUGCAUGCUGAUUGGUGAUGGCAUACUUACUCCGGCAAUUUCAGUGCUAUCAGCAAUGGAUGGAUUAAGAGCACCUUUUCCUUCGGUAACUAAAACUCAUGUUGAAGCUCUCUCUGCGGUAAUACUAAUUGUGUUGUUCCUGGUGCAAAAGUUUGGCACUUCAAGAGUGAGUUUCAUAUUCUCUCCUAUCAUGGGUACCUGGACUUUGACCACUCCAAUGGUUGGAAUAUAUAGCAUUGUACAUUAUUACCCAGGGAUUUUUAAGGCUUUAUCACCGCAUUAUAUCUUGCGUUUCUUCCACAAUAAUGGAAAGGAUGGCUGGUUGUUACUUGGAGGAACCGUUCUCUGCAUCACAGGUACUGAAGCACUGUUCGCUGAUCUUGGUCAUUUCUCUAGGAGUUCAAUUCAAAUUGCAUUUCUAUGCACAAUAUAUCCUUCUCUGGUGCUGACAUAUGCCGGCCAGACGGCAUACCUGAUCAGGCACCCAAAUGAUCAUGAUGAUGGGUUUUACAAAUUUAUACCCACUAAAGUUUACUGGCCAAUGCUCGUAAUAGCCACUUUGGCAGCAACUGUUGCUAGCCAAUCAUUAAUAUCUGCAACAUUUUCUAUUAUCAAGCAAUCGGUGGUUCUUGAUUACUUCCCAAGGGUUAAAGUUGUACACACCUCGCCUAACAAAGAGGGUGAAGUGUACUCUCCAGAGAUUAACUACAUCCUCAUGGUUUUAUGUGUCUCUGUCGUGCUUAUUUUUGGAGACGGGAAAGACAUCGGAAAUGCGUUUGGCGUUGUGGUUAGUCUAGUUAUGCUCAUCACAACUGUAUUAUUGACACUAGUCAUGAUCAUGAUAUGGAGAACCCCGCUCAUUCUAGUAGCUCUUUACUUUGUAACAUUUUUCGUUAUGGAAGGAGUAUAUGUAAGUGCUGUCAUCACUAAAAUCAUGGAAGGUGGAUGGGUUCCGUUUGCCAUUUCUCUAGUUCUUGCCUUCAUUAUGUUUGGUUGGUUUUAUGGAAGACAGAAGAAGUUAGAAUAUGAAAUGACUUAUAAAAUAACAUUGGAGAACCUUGCAAUUCUCUUAUCUAAUCCUGAAUUCCAGAGAGUUCAAGGCCUCUGUUUCUUCUAUAGCAACAUUCAAGAUGGAUUGACACCGGUGUUAGGUCAUUACAUCAAGAAUAUGAGGUCAUUACAUAAGGUUACUAUUUUCACCACUCUUCGUUACAAGUUGAUACCUAAAGUACCUCAACAUGAACGGAUUGUAGUAAAAAAAUUGGGUCCUAAAGGUGUUUAUGGCUGCCUUAUCCAGUAUGGUUAUGCGGACUCCCUCAAUCUCGAAGGAAAUGAUUUUGUCAGUCAAGUGACUGGCAAUAUAAGGUUACAUAUACAAAACUGCUCAGGGACUUUAACUUCGACGAGCAUUCAAGCUGAAGAAGAGUUGCUUGAGUUGGAACGGGCACUAUCAGCGGGAGUUGUUCAUGUUCGAGGAAAGACUAGGUUUCAUAUAGGGAAAAAUGUUAACUGGUUCGAUAAGCUUAUUCUUGCGUUUUACGAAGUUUUACACAGUAAUUGUAGGUCUGCAUUGCCGGCUUUGGGAAUACCUCUUACACAGCGAAUGGAGGUUGGAAUGUUUUAUGAGGCAUGAAAGAAAACUUCUUAUUAUCAGGUUGCAAACUAAGACCUCGUGUUUCUGAAUGAUGAACAGAGGCGUAAAAUGCUAAAGCCAUAUGAAUUUAUUAUCUUGUGUUGCUGAUGCAACCCUUCUACAGCAGAUGGGUAAUCAAAUGAAGAUGUAGAUUUUAGUUGUAAACUUGUAAUGUAAAGUUUGAUGUGUGACAAGGGUAUGGCUGGUUUGCAAUAUGUACUUAUGGAUGUUCACAGCCCACAGCCCACCACUGAUUCACCAAGAACUGUAUUCUGGGGAAUUGGAAGGUCAAUUUUUGGGUUUUAAAUGUGAUUAUAGCAAAAAUUUCGGUAAA